CCGGUGCAUAUGCAAGGGAAAUGGGCUGAUGAGUCAGGAAAGCUAUUAGAGCUCAAGCUGGAAGCUAAUUUCUCGGAUUUGACCAACUUCGUUGAAAAGAAAGCAAGAGUUGCCAACACAGAGUUCGGUCGGCUAGUCGGUGCGAAACCGGACGAUAACAAGUCGUUGAAGCCUGUCGCCAAGUAUGAACACACUCCGGCGGUAAGGUCCUCGUUUUUUGCGACUGGAGGCAACGGUAUACCAAAUGACGACGGCUCCAAGCUACAGGAGGUCAGAACGAAAGUCAAUCAUUGUACAUUUUGUAACGGUACACAUGAGUUGGUCAAGUGCUUUAAGUUCAGAGAUAAGUCGUUUCCUGGGAGGAAAGCGUUUGCAAGAUCUAAUAAACUCUGCGACAAUUGCUUAUUACCGAACCAUAUUUCUAGGCGCUGUAAAACCUAUAGAGCUUGUUUGGUCAGCGGCUGCUCAGAGAAACACCAUUCGCUCCUUCACCCACCUACUGGUCAGGCAUUGCAGUUACCGCUUCAAGAACAUUCUUCCGGUUCCCGAGCUGAAGAAGCGUCACCACCCCCUGCACUGGUCGCUACAGGACCAUCGGCGUCUUCCCGUCUUCCUAAUGCAUCAGGACACCACGUCAGCGAUGAUAGUUCACAUCCUUCAUACAAGACAAGAAUUGGUCUCAGGAUUGUCCCUGUGAUAGUCUCUGGCAAAGGUUCCACUGAAGUGCAGACCUACGCCUUCCUUGACGACGGUUCGGAUUCCACCCUAUGCUCAGACGGUCUUCUUCAGAGGCUUGGUAUCACUGGAACUCCUACAACUUUCCAGUUGACUACCCUCAAUGCUGAGAAGACUCAGAGGAAUGGCGAAGAAGUACAGCUUCAAGUAAGGUCUCUUACUGGUAACGAAACUGUUCAUCUCGACAAGGUCUGGUCCGUGGCGCGACUUCCUGUCUCCCCUCGUCACAUUGCCGUACCAGAAGAUCUUGUCGAAUGGCCCCACUUGCACGAUGUAGACCUACACAACAUUGAUAACGCAGAAGUCACUUUGUUGAUCGGCAACGAUGUGCCAGAGGUGCAUUGGACUUAUGAAGAGCGGAGAGGACGACGAAAACAGACCUAUGCUGCAAGGACCAUUUUAGGAUGGACAGUUGUAGGACCACUUGUUCAAACUAAUAAUGAUGAAGAAGAUUUCAUAUUUGCCUGUGAAGCCGAGACGCUGACUCACCAGAUUAGAAGGAUGUAUGACGCCGACUUUGCUGAAUCCCCGUCGUCUGGAAAAAGUAUGUCGGUUGAAGACAAGCGCGCUUUAGCCAUCAUGGAGUCCUCAGCGUGUUUAGUGGAUGGUCACUACCAGCUUUCCCUUCCCUGGAAGUAUCAACCGCCAUGUCUUCCGGACAAUCGUGUCGUCGCAGAGAAGAGAUUGUCCUACUUGAAACAUCGCCUGGAGAGAAAUCCUGUCCUCCAUCAGAAAUAUAGCAAGACUGUGGAGGAGUACAUUGACCUUGGACAUGCUGAAAGAAUCUCUGAGGAUAGCUAUCCAGUCUGGUAUCUUCCUCAUCAUCCAGUCUUCCACGCACAGAAACCGGACAAGUGCCGAGUUGUGUUUGAUUGUGCUGCACGCUACAGGAACACAUCAUUGAACGACCAACUCCUUCAAGGGCCCGAUCUUACUAAUAGUCUUGUUGGUGUACUUCUACGCUUCCGUCAAGAACCGAUCGCAGUGAGUGCAGAUAUCGAGAAGAUGUUCCACCAAGUUCUUGUUACCCCCGCUGACACAAAUGCCCUACGCUUUCUUUGGUGGCCUCACGGUGACCUUACGAAAGAUCUUGAAGUUUACAAGAUGGUCGUGCAUCUAUUUGGAGCAAAAUCAUCACCAAGCUGUGCCAGUUUUGCUCUCCGCAAGACAGCAGAAGACAACAAAGCAGACUUCCCCAAACAAGUUUCUGAAACCGCGAGGCGAAACUUUUACGUCGAUGAUUGUUUGAAGAGCGUCGCCACUCAAGAAGAAGCAAAGAAACUAGUCCUUGAUCUUACUACCUUGCUGGCGAGAGGAGGCUUUCGCCUAACUAAGUGGAUGUCAAACAGUCGUGAAGUUGUCUCCAGUAUCCCAAAUGACGAGCGUGCGCCAUCGAUGAAGAACCGAGAUCUCAAUCUUGACGGCCUUCCCGUUGAUAAGGCUCUUGGGAUGUGCUGGGAUGUGGAACAAGACACAUUCUUCUUCCGAUCUCUCAAGGAAAUGAAUGCCAACACUAGAAGAGGGAUUCUAUCCGUAGUCUCCUCUCUGUACGAUCCGCUUGGUAUCGUCGCCCCCCCUGAUUCUCCCUGCUAA